AUCAGAUUCAAUAGCCGCAGCAACAUGCAAGACGUGGAUGUUGCCAAGCAAGCGCAGAAGCGCCUCAAGCGUCGUGGGUACAUUCGCAAGAUGAUGCAGCAGUACCGACAGAAGGAGAAGAUGGAGGUGGUGUUCCUGCAGUCCCAAGCCGAACAGUUGGAACUGGAGUUGAAGCACCUGUUGAACCAUCACAACCCUCUCGCGAUGCUGCCGUGGAAGGAGGUGGCGGCGGCGCUGGACACAGACAAGAAACUCGCAAAGUCCCAGAAACAAGCGCUCGCCGAUCAAGUGACCGAGGUGCAGACGCUCAUCCGUGACAUGUCCAAGUGGGUCACUGCGCACACGAGCAUUCCGACGUCGCCAUCGUCAAGGCCAGCAGGGUGGCGCAACAUCUCCCUCCUCGGGAACCAUACGUCCCGCGUGACCGGCAAGGAGUGGAUCACGAAGCACAUGCAGCACAACGCGACCAACAUGUUCCGCCAGCACGGGUUCCCGUCGCUCGAGGCCGCGCCCUUCCAAGACACGGACGUGGUGUUCUCCGAGCACCACUUUACAUUUGUCCGCCGGGCGCAGUACGACGUCCCAGUUGGGUUUCCGCUAGAGAUGCAUCUGCGGGUGUUCCACGAGUUCCUCUGCGACGCGCUCAUGGUCAACGGCCUCUCGGGGGUGUCUGUGCCUACCGUCGUGGAACGCGAAGCAUCGACUACGCUGCAUCGCCUAAUCACUUGCCGAAAUGAAGGCGUGAAUCUCCUCUGCGGCCGCUUUACAGACGGCGCCGAUCGGGGUCUAGUGGUCGCCCAGCAGAUCCAGCACGACGACCUGUGGCCCCACGACUUGCCCCAGCGGAAUCGCAUGCUCUGGUUUGAGCGCAUAACCCUUCCAGGAGGCCAGCGCUCCGUGGUGCGGAUGCUCUAUAUGAUGGGCCAGACCCAGAGCCCCAGAGAUGGCUAUGUGAGUCUGCACGAAGAAGCCCAGGAAUGGGGCGGCAACCUCCAGAAUCUGCCCCAGGACAUGCAGGAAGUCAGGUACCGGCAGGACAGUCAGGCGUACGGACAGCUGCUGUCCGCGCAAGCCGUCGAGCGGAACCGAGCGCUGGUCGCCGCUCUCAUGGCGCCACCUCCAAAGAAGCAACUGGCAUCCGAUUGGUCAACUCAGCCUCGUUUAGCCAAGUAGAGAUCUUGUGGAUGUACUACUACUAUGUACAGUACAUUGUGACAAAACUCAAAUAUUAAUAUGAAUAUGUACUACUA